AUGUCGCGACUGCCAAACCUGGACAUCGUCAGCGUUUCGGGCUCCAGGCUGUUCAGACAAGCCCCCUACUAUUCCAAGAUCUUCCAGUACCCGGACUUGGGAAUGCGGAGCUACGGCUCCUCUGCGUACCAAAUGCAGGCGAGACAUACAACCAGUGGUUCGCCGAAUUCGAAGGGUUUUAUCGACCGGGUCUUCAAUGUCGUCCUAAACUCCUUGGUACGCUCUAUGCCUAGAAUCACUUCCUUGCGGACAAACUUGAGCAAGGCCGACCUCCUCGAGCACCUAGACGACGAAGCAUUCAACCUGCUUCCAUCCGCACCCUUACAUACCAAUGCUGCCACUUUCAUGGGUAGCCUUUCCGAGCUGCACCUCGACAUCAGCUUGGAAUCACAAUUGGUCAACAAAGUCGAGAACCUCACCGACCAUGACCACACUUUUGACACGUCCAAUUUCGGCCUGCGGCGAUUGCUCGCCAUGACUUGCAGCCUCCAGAGUCUGACGUUGAACUUUUUCGGAGGAGAGACAAUGGAAGGGCAUUGCGAGUUCACGGCUUGGCUGUCCGAGCCCGCCAGCGGUUCCGCCACGGGAGCGGAUGAUGACGACAAGGAGACAGGCAACAAGUCUCAUACCACAAUUGCUUGGAAUCCGCCGCCGAUCGCCCUACCAUUCCUCCGCAGGCUCGUACUCCAGGGAUUAUUCAUCUCCCCUACCCAGCUUCGGUCUGUCUUCACCAAGUUCGGGAGCCUCAAGUCCGCCGCUCUCCACCGGGUCUACCUCAGGCGGUGCUUCAUCGACGAACCGCCUGUUCCGGAGGAUUCCGAUGAGAUGGAGAACCUCUGGGCAAGCUUCUUCCGUGGCUCAUCCACUACCCUUGCGAAGCUGGAAAACCUCGAGUUGGACAGUCUGGCAGUCAUGCAAUACCGGGAAGACCCCAACGACGGCGUGUCUGUGUCCACGAAGGACGUCGACUUGGUGGUGUUUGCUCCCGACGAGGGCAGCGCGGAGCCGCCACCGAAUUUCAAGACGGUCACGAACUUUAGGAAAGAUGCGCUAAAGAAGCUCGCCAAAGAGACGUGGUUGGGGCGGGAUGUGAUUGCGGCCGUCGAUCAGGGAAAUUGA